CCCCUGGCACACCCCGAAAUCGGUGACAGUCACUUUGCUCUUGCGCGGAAAAAGAAAACCCUUUGCUCUCCAAAUUCAAACUACAGCAAGCUCCCUCAAGUGAGAGUUGUACUCAUGGAAAUGCAGAGGAAAAUCACUGCUAUAGAAGACCGACUCACUAAUUUGCCCGACGCAAUUCUAAUUCACAUCCUCUCAAUGUUGCCGGGGUGGCACAAUAAAGAAGUUGUGAGAACCAGCGUAUUAUCUAGACGAUGGAGGUUUCUUUGGAAGUCCGUCCCAAUAUCACUCGAUUUCGACUUCCCCAUUUGUGAAAGCGAAAAUGACAAUCUCUUUUACCUGGCUUCCAUCCAUAGAGAGCUGGAGGAAUUGCGAGAAAAUACAGAAAUUCAGGGUCUGGCGCCUUAGGUACGAGGAUCGUUUUGCUAAAGAUAUUGAUUUAUGGGUACAUUUUGCAAUUAAAGUUGCUAAUGUUGAAAGUUUUGCACUGGGAGUUAUCGAUACAAAUCACCAAAGAUAUGAGUUUCCUCAAUUUACAUAUAAAAAUGCAUCGUUGAGUGAUUUGGCUUUAUGGUACUGCCAACUCAACCCUACUGGUAGUGUAAACUGGAGUAGUCUCGUUUCUCUUUCACUUGGGUCCUUGCCUUUGACUGAUGUUGUAAUGGAAAAGGUAUUAUCAGGUUGCCCUAACUUGGAGUGCUUGGAACUGGAUAGUGUUUCGGGCAUUCAUCUUUUGGAAAUCAGCUCUGUCAAGCUGAGAGAAUUGACAAUACAAGAUUACGGAAAUGAGAAUCCUGACCUGUGGCUUGAAAUAUUAGCCCCGUAUAUUCAAAAAUUGGAACUUUUGGGGUACUGCAGUGAGAUACGCAUCCGGCAGAGAAAUGUGGCUUCACUUGUCACAGGCAGUCCUUCGCUUAAAUUUUGCUUUUGACGAUGCGGAAGGCAACUUGGAGAAGGAGUGUAUAUAUUUGAAGGAGCUUCUUCACGGUAUUGCCAAUGUCGAGAAUCUUGAAUUGGGUCCAUGGUGCAUAGAGUUCCUGUCUGUACUGGAGUUGAAAGGGUGGCAGCCUCCACCAUCAAGCUGGAAACUCUCAGAACUUCCAGCCUUACAACAGUUGGACUUCCCUGGACUUUGCAGCUUUCUACCAUGUUCAUUGGAUCUUGAGACAUUGGUCAUUGACUGGUGGUACAAUGAGGAAGAAAGAGACCUGCUGUCAAGGUACACAAAUGAGGAUGAACAAAGGAGGUUUGAAACACGUAAUUUUAACUGCUUAUUUCCACAUCUGAAGACCAUCGAGAUCAUUAACUUUCAUGGACCACUAAGUGAAAAUAAGUUGCUGCUGCCAUUGGUAAAAUAUUUUCUCAAGCAUCCAACUGUGCUUGAAAAGUUUGUCAUUGAUGUGCUGGAUUAUUUCGAAAUGGCACAGGAGUUACUAAGCUUUCCAAGAUCCUCUCCGCACGCUUCAGUUGUCUUUUCUUAUCGAUAAUCUGUGGCCGUCAAGUGUUGAUUUGUUUUCCACUCUUCUUAGUUACAGCUACUUGUAUUUACUCGAACGCACAAUUGGUAAUACUUCUAUUUUUUAAAAUAACAAUAAUUAUUUCAA